AUGCCUCCAACCUUGCCGGAUUUCUCCAACUCGGUCAAGCUCAAGUAUGUCAAACUUGGCUACCAAUACCUCGUCAACCACAUUCUCACCCUCACUCUCAUUCCUAUCAUGAUUGCCAUCUUCAUUGAGGUUCUACGCUUAGGCCCCGACGAGAUCCUCUCCCUUUGGAACUCCCUCCACUUCGAUCUCGUCCAAAUCCUCUGCUCAGCCUUCCUCAUAAUCUUCAUAGCCACUGUCUACUUCAUGUCAAAGCCUCGCACCAUAUACCUCGUUGACUACGCAUGCUUUAAACCACCCGUAACAUGCCGUGUACCUUUUGCUACCUUCAUGGAACACUCGAGACUCAUCUUAAAGAACAACCCCAAGAGCGUUGAGUUCCAAAUGAGGAUUCUAGAACGUUCUGGUCUUGGAGAAGAGACGUGUCUCCCUCCCGCCAUUCACUACAUCCCUCCCAAACCCACCAUGGAGGAAGCUCGAGGAGAGGCUCAGCUUGUCAUCUUCUCAGCCAUGGACGCUUUGUUCAGCAAAACUGGCCUCAAGCCUAAGGACAUAGACAUCCUCAUAGUUAAUUGCAGCCUCUUUUCUCCCACUCCUUCUUUGUCUGCUAUGGUGAUCAACAAGUACAAGCUCAGGAGCAACAUCAAGAGCUUCAACCUCUCUGGCAUGGGUUGUAGUGCUGGCUUAAUAUCCAUUGACUUGGCACGCGACCUUCUCCAAGUCCACCCCAAUUCAAACGCUGUCGUUGUGAGCACGGAGAUCAUAACUCCUAACUACUACCAAGGCAACGAACGAGCCAUGCUUCUCCCAAAUUGCUUGUUCCGAAUGGGGGGUGCUGCUAUUUUGUUGUCAAACCGUAGGUCUGAACGCAAGAGAGCCAAGUACAGGUUGGUACAUGUUGUUCGCACACACAAAGGUGGUGAUGACAAAGCCUACCGUUGUGUGUUUGAAGAGGAGGACAAAGAAGGGAAAGUGGGGAUUUCACUUCAGAAGGAUCUCAUGGCUAUUGCAGGAGAGGCUCUCAAGUCUAACAUCACCACCAUGGGUCCUCUUGUGCUUCCAGCUUCCGAGCAGUUACUCUUCCUUCUAACUCUAAUUGGGAGGAAAAUCUUCAACCCCAAGUGGAAGCCUUAUAUUCCUGACUUCAAACAAGCCUUUGAGCACUUCUGUAUCCAUGCUGGUGGGCGUGCUGUGAUUGAUGAGUUGCAGAAGAAUCUUCAACUCUCAACUGAACAUGUCGAGGCCUCUAGAAUGACCCUGCACAGGUUUGGGAACACUUCCUCUUCUUCUCUGUGGUAUGAGCUGAGCUACAUUGAGUCAAAAGGAAGGAUGAAGAAAGGAGAUAGGGUGUGGCAGAUAGCGUUUGGGAGUGGGUUUAAAUGCAACAGUGCUGUGUGGAAGUGCAACAGAAGCAUUAAGAUACCGGUUGACGGGCCUUGGGCUGAUUGCAUUGAUCGUUAUCCAGUGCACAUUCCUGAGAUUGUUAAGCUCUAG